AUGUCUUUGGUGUCUCCGACUAAGAUUGUAUCGACCAAACAAGCCAAGAGAAGAGAAAAGACGACUCAUCAUGGUUCAUUAUCGGGCCAGGAAGAGGAUGCCACCUCCAUGAGGACCACUACCACAACAAGAACAAAAACCAUCGACAGUUUGGUAACCAGGGCUACAUCGAGUAUGGAAUCCUAUGAUAAUGAUGAAUUUUUAAUUGAGAGGACAUUCCCGGGGUUGAGCAAAGAAGCUAUCUACAGAACUAAGAUUAAAUACGGGAUGUAUUAUUCUCCUGCUAGACCAUCCAAAGAGGCUACCAAUUAUAGGUUAGCCACAGGAUCAGCUAGUCAUUUAUUAGCUGAGAUUGAAAAAAGAGAACAUGCCAAGGAUUUAGAGUUACACGCCGAGAGAGAACCAAGUAUGCAAGCUCAAUUGGCUGCUGGGAAAAUAAUCACGAAACUAUUAGCAGAAGAAGGGAAUGAACACCCCAAGGAUGAAAGAAAGUAUAAAAAAAGAACGGAUGGUAAAUUUUCACAUCUUGCUGCCUCGAAAGUGUUAUCACAAGAUGAACAUAUAAUCCAGAAAGCUGGUGUUUUACCCAAACCAAAAUCAUAUGUCACUACAACUAGUACCAAUGCAGCAUCUUCUUUGGGGAAAAAUCCCACCAAAAAGAUUGCUUCAUCUACGCCAAUUGAAAUAUCAAGAAAAUUGAAUUUAUCAAAAGUACUUACUGGUGCUGAAUAUAAGGCUAGGGAAAGGUUCCAUGAGCGUUGGAAUCCUAAUGAGGCCAAGAUUGAAAGAAUCCGACUAGCUGAGCGUGGAUACCCCAUUGCUGUUGCUUCACAUUUACAGCAAUUGAACCAAGAAGCCAUGCAGCAAAGUAGCAUGACAGUGCCUGGUCCUCCACAUUAUGAUAUUACUGAAGCUACCAAAGUAUUUAAUAUGGCUCAAGUGAAAACUAGUCAAGAUUUAUACGAGAUGGAUAGGGCUAGAAGAGAGAUGGAACUUUACAAUAAUGUGGAAUAUAAUAAGAUUGCUAUUACGAAAGCUACUGAACAACAUAGCCAAAAGCAAAACGUACAAAAUAAACAGGCAAUUUCACGUCAAGGGAAAGUUAAUCUUGGGGGUGGACUUUGGGUACCUGAAGAAGAUGUUGAUAAGUUGGCACAUGAACGAAUGGAUCCAGUGUUAGUUAAUGUCGAUAAAGUGGCCAGGAGAGAAAGAGAAGUGGAUUAUGAUAUUGAGAGGCGUGCUGCUAUUGUGGAACAAGAAUAUUUACAAUGGAGAGAAUUGCAAGGUUUGAAAGAGACUAAUGACCAUGAAAUACUUGACUCUGUCGUGACCAAUAACGACCGGGAUAAAUGGCAAGCUCAAAGAGAUGCACAAGUGAAAUUUGAUCAAUUGGUAAGUGAAAAGGAGCAGGAAAUCGAUAUGAAGGGUAAACAAUUGCAAGAAUUGGAAGCUCGUCAUAUGCAUAUAAAAGGUGAAUUUGAUACGAGAUUGGAAACCGAACAAGAGAAUUUGUCAAAAGAGUUGAAAAAUUGGGUUAUUGACAAUGAAACUGAUCUGAGUACCAUAAAGGCGGAACGUGGUCAGUUAUUGAAACAGUAUCAUGAUGAAAUGAAGCGGGUUGACUUUAAUACUGCACUUUGA